AUGGAGUCUACUGCUUUAAACGGGAGAAUGGCUAGAUGGCAGAUCCUGCUCUCGGAAUUUGACAUAGUAUAUGUAAGUCAGAAGGCCAUAAAGGGAAGUGCGAUAGCUGACUUCUUAGCUAGUAGAGCUUUGGAAGACUAUAAGUCUUUAAACUUCGAUUUUCCAAAUGAGGACCUGAAGUAUGUGGCGAACACUGAAGAGAAUCCUCAAAUGGAUAGCGUAUGGAGGUUAAAUUUUGAUGGAGCUUCGAAUGCUACGGAAUAUGAAGCAUGCAUUAUGGGUAUUCGUGCAGCCAUUGAACGAAACAUCAAAGUGCUAAGAGUAUAUGGGGAUUCUGCAUUGGUGAUAUACCAACUCAAAGGGGAAUGGGAAACUAGGGACCCUAAGCUAAUCGAUUAUAGAAAACUAGUCCUCGAAUUGGCUAGUGAGUUUGAUGAUAUCACCUUCUGUUAUCUCCCAUGA